AUUGCAUUUUAAAAUUCCUAUAAAAGUCACAAAAUUUUAAGCAUUGACAUCAGUAAAGUUUUUAUGUUUGAAUUUGUCUUCAAAUAAAUAUAAACUACAAUGGCUGGAAUUUCCAAAAAAAUCAUGAUGUCAAUGUUUAUCAUUGGUUUCAUUCUGUUAUUGGAGGGUAGUGUAGAAGUUUUGUCUGAACCUACACCUGAACCCGAAGGUGAACCUAAAGGUAGAGCAUAUCGUGAAGCAAAAGGUGAACCAGAAGGUGAACCUAAAGGUAGGGCAUAUCGUGAAGCACAAGGUGAACCAGAUGAACCACAAGGUGAACCAAAAGGUAGAGCACUACGUGAAGCACAAGGUGAACCAGGUGAACCACAAGGUGAGCCAAAAGGUAGAGCACUACGUGAAGCAAAAAAUAGAGGAGUACGUCAAGCACAAGGUGGACCAAAAGAUGGACCAGAAGGUGAACCAAAAGAUGAACCAGACAUGCGCACUUGGUAGAGAAGCACUUUUCAUUUACAAAAUAUUCCAGGAUAUGUAAUAUAAUAUUAAAUAAAUGAUAAUAUUUAUUUGCUAUUACGAAUCAAUUAAUGUAACCAAAAAUUAUAAUUCCAUAUUUAUAUAAAAUUAAAUAAAAUUCGAAAAACAAUAUAUAUAUAUCAAAAG